AUGAGCUCUUCCGCUGCUUCUACUCCCACCUCUUCAGGUGCCUCAACGCCUACCCAGGCCGCCGCUGCCCCCUCGGUCCCUUCUGCCCUGGGUAACCGCAAGGUCUGCUUCCAUAUCAAGACUGGCGGCAAGACCUGGAACUGCACCCUGCAGGACCGCAGCCACUAUGAGCGCGUCAAGGCCUCCCGCUCUUCUUCGGUCGACUCUACCACUUCCGAAUAA